AUUUUGGAAUGACAUUUGCCAGAAUGAGGAAUGUCAUAAAAAUGUCAAAAUAUGCAAGUGACACGUAAUUUCACGUAAUUAUAUUUGCAUUUUGCGACCUCCAAAUGUGUAAAUUCACGAGAAAUAUUGUUUCGACCGAAUAAUUAUAUAGUGACACAAUGUCUGACAAAAGUUUUGGUGAUCACAUGAGUCGGGGUAUAGUGAAAAAUCCUCUGCUUUCGACAGCCGUGACUGGCCUGUCUAUUGAGGAUUUGACGCACAACGCUGUUUUGUUACCCGUUUCCCGUACCCAAGAGCCGAUCGGGAGACAAGAACCCGAGACCCCAGCUCAGUUCACCCCCACCCCUUCAGGCGACACUUUCACCCCCAUCGAGCACCCCCUAAAAGACGACUUCGACGUCAACGAAUACUUCGCGCGCCUCCAAGGCACCACCUAUGUCAGCGCCCCUCUGAACAGCCAUAUUGAAACUAAUAUCGAAAAGGAAGAUAAUUUAGAAGAAAUUAAUCUAAAUGAGAAUGAAGAUAUACAUCCAAAUCAGAGUAUAACGGCGGAUAUAGCGCAGAAUUUCAGCCAAUUACCGACGGUGCUGCCCCAAGUCGCAAGCGCAGUGUUCUCAUCCUUUUCUAACAUGCUGAUGAAGAGGGAGACGCCUGAGAGGGUGCAGCAGAGUGCGAGUGAGACGCGAGGUGUUGAGACGGUGCCGUUGGUGGGUGUGAGCGAGAGAGCGCCGCUGAGAGAGCCGCCGACUUCUGGUCCCGGAAAUUUCCGUCUAACGACAAAGAAGAAAUACGCUCAAAUACCCGGUUUAAGUUCAGGAGAAUCCGGCCAAAUGCCGACGUACACCCCUCCUACUUUCAACCAACCAAUAUUCACCCCCCAACAAGAACUUAAAGAUAAUUUUAUAAAUAGCAACACACCAAGAGAUGUUGGUCAAACCAAUGUAGAUUUUAACGCUUUUAGUAAUGUACAAAACAUUCCAUUAGAACGCGAUAAUAAAUCUAAUGUAUUUGAUACAAAACAAGAAACAAACGCUGCAUCACAAUUUCAAGAUUCUAAUCAAGGUAUAAUUCCACCACCGCCGAUGUUUUCUAAUUUAGCGAAAAAAGACAGUGUGCCUAACGUGGGUAAGACGGUAUUACCGCCAUCCGUCGCUAGGAGAAUAGGUUCUAAUAAACCUACAAUAACUAAUCAAGCACCAGCUUUUGCUGCGGUUGGUAAUAUAUUUGUACCAGCGCCGAUUGCAGCAGAAACAUUGCCACCGAAUGCUUCGCAGCCAUCGUUUAUGGGUAAUCCUGCCAGUUUUCCUUCAAGUUAUACAUCACAGGUAGCAUCACCAGUUGCACCAAUGUCUACACCAAUCUCAAGUACACUUUCAUCGACAGCUAUACCGCCAGUUGCCUCUUUAGCAUCGUCAGCAAGCCCUCAAGUCGAUUCCUCAAUAAAUGUACCAGCAAAUUCAGCAUCUGCAGGAAUACCCACUUUUGCAGCGGGAAAUCUACCACCACCACCAAAAAAUGCGUUUGCUACUCCACCUGCAAUGGUUUUACAAGCGACCGGAUCUUUAAUAACGGGAAAUAUGCCACCACCACCGAAAAAUGCAUUCACAUCUCCCCCUGCAAUGAAUUUACAGGCAACACCUUCAAUAACGGGAAAUCUACCGCCGCGACCAAAAAAUCCAGUCGCACCUCCCCCGGCAAUGACUUCACAAGCAACAAUAUCUCCAACUCCGGGAAAUUUACCACCCCCACCGAAAAAUGCAUUUGAAACUCCUGCAAUCGUUUCACAAGCAACAGGAUAUUUAGUAACGGAAAAUCUACCACCACCACCGAAAAAUGUUUUUGCGAGUCCACCAACGAUGGCACAAAAUGCGCCAGAAUUUUCAAUUACAUCAAGUGCUCAAUCGGCAGCAAUAUUAACGCCACCGCAAUUUUAUACGCCAGGAGGCCAACCGCAAUCUGUAAUCCCAUCCCCAAAGACAGGUCCAAAUAUACCAACACUCCCAAAUAUUCCACUACUUCCAAAUACAGCAGUUGGAUCGUCAUCUAUGUCAAUUAUAUCGGCUCAACCACAGAUGAGUGCUUCCAAUUUACAAAAUCAACCUACCUCAGGGCUUUCUGCUCAAAGUGCAACAUCAGCAGCUGCCCCACAAAUAUUUAAUCCUAAUGAACAUGUAUCUUUAUUAUCGAAGGACAUAACAAACGAUCAAUUGCAACAAAUGUUGCCUCCUGCAGCAGAACCACCUAAAAUCCCAGAACCACCGAAGGCAUCGGGCAACACCAAUUUCAGGAUGACGAAGAAAAGGCCACAAUAUUACUCAGGACCUAUUGAAGGUGUCGGUGCUAUUAGUAACAAUGUAAAACCUACUCUAACGCCUGUAGCUACGACUGCUUUUCAAGGUGCCGUCUUUACACCAGAAACGAAUGCAGGGCAAGCAGAACUGUUUACUCCUGAGAAUGUAACUGAAAAUGUAUCAUCGCAUGGAGCUAUUUUGCCCCCAGGAAAUAAUGAAUAUCAACAACAGUAUUAUAACUUUACACCUGUUGAUAUAAACCAAUCAUCAAGCAAUAUCAAUUAUCCAGUAUCUGAAGCCUCUAAUAAUUAUAACACUGCGUUUGACUUGUCCCAGCAAGCGCCAGAUGCUUAUGAACCGCCGAAACAAGAAUCCGCAUUUGGCAUAAUAGGCUCUCUUAAAUCUAAAUUAUCUUCAAUAGAUAUAAACAAGCUACAAAAUAGCGUGACAACUUUCUUUGAUCCUGGAUAUAAUAUGGUAAAAACGGACACGGCAGAAAAUACUCAAUCUAACUAUGGACAGAAUCAAGGAUUAGAAAUAUUUAUAGCUAAUCCUGAAACGCAAGUGCAACCUUAUAAUUACGAUGUACAUCAACAUAAUUUUACAUAUGGACAAGGUUCUAUACCCAACGCCAGUGAUUAUUAUAAUCAACAAGUUCAUAAUGUUUAUUCUACUGCUAGCUAUUAUUCGCAACCAACUUACGGCACACAAAGCUAUAGCCAAACCAAUUUGCCAAUUCAGCAAGCUUAUACCCAACCUUCCAAUAAUACAUCUGUCGUAAACACCGAAACUUCACAAGGAGUACAUCAAUGGGGCUCUUAUGACCCUACUAGUACCGGCUAUAAUAAGGAUUACGCCGUAGAUAACAGCAAAGUUACUCAUGAACCAACACCUGCCGUAGAAACCGAAUCUUCACAGAGAGCUAUAUGGGGUCCUUAUGACCAAACUAGUAGUAAUUAUGAUAAAGACAGUGUACCUAACAGUACUCUAAAACAAACAUCUGCCAUUAACGUUAAUGCUUCACAAGUAGCUAACGCACAGACUACAUAUGACCCAACUGGAUAUGGAUUUAAUAAAGAUAAUACAGCAGACAACAACAACAUCACUCAUGAGCAAACAUCUAGCGUAGACACUGAUACUACACAAAGGGCUAAUGCACAGAGUACGUAUGACCCUACAAUAACAACAAUUAAUACUGAUUCAAAUAAAGAAAAUGUACCAGACAACAAUAGCAUUACUCAGGAACAAGCAUCUAGUGUCCACACAAAUUUUCCAGAAAGAGCUAUUGUGCUGGACACUUUUGAUUCUGCUUUUAGCACUUGUUAUGAUAAAGAUUACGCAGCACAAUUUAGUAAUAUUACUCAGGAAUCAGCGUCUGCUGUGGAUUUCAAAUCUGCACAAGAAGUAAAUAUAUGGGAUAGGUAUGACCCUGUCAUUUCUGGUUACGAUAAAGAAAAUGUAGUAGAACAUGAAACAGGUAAUGAUGGUGCUGGUGCUUUCUUCCUAGGUCAGCCAGAAAGUGGCAUUCCUAAAAUGAUUGAAAUGUCAAGUGCAGAAAAUGUAGCAGAAGCUAUUAAAAGUCUGCAGAUCAAAGACGACGAAAAGACAAAUGUAGAAGAGAUUGGUUUAGAGGAAAAUCAAAAUAUGCCAUUUAAUAAAUUAUCACAGCCAAUUUUAAUAGGUAAAAUUGAUAUAUCGACUCCUAAUCUUGAUGAAAAUAACGAGUUGAAGAAAAGUGGUGAUAUAAAUUACAAAGAUAUGUUCCGAAAUUCGGAUAUCCCUGAACUACCCAGUGCGUUUAUUGCGCCAUUGCAGGACCCUUUUUCAAAACCUCAAGAGAUAUCGGACACUGUUAGUGAAGGGUGUGUUUCUUGGAAUUCAAAUGAAGAAGAAGUGGACGAUCAAUCAUCUGCUGACCGCCUAAUGUCAUUAGCCAAUGAGGACUUAGAAGAUGAUAAUUUGUGCGCGGAGGAAAGUGAGCAAGAUAAUCUAGAUAUCUGUGUAACUUGCAGGGAAGUAAACCAACCUGUGGAGACGCAACCCGCGCCGGCAGAAGAUUUAACUCACCAAAUGAUUAAAAAUAUAACUGCCCCCAUACAACUUUCAAACCCGGUUGAAGUUCCAUUGACCGAAACAGAUAUAAAUCGAGAUGUUCCAGAUGAAUUUGACACAAUCAACCAAUGCGCAGAAAUAUCGCUGAUUGCUGAUGAAACUAUAGAAACUUUGCAAAUACAGUCAGCUUCAGAUUUGUUGGAUGAGACUGAAGGCACCAACAUCGAAGCAAGUUACGGUUGGCGUGUUGAAGCUCCGUUGCCUCCCGGCGAAGAUCUUUUGGACCAUGAUUAUACUUUUAAAACAAAGUCGAAUGCUAUAGGAUCAUUUGCUAAUAAUAACCUAUUCUUUGACAAUUUAUCUAACUACGGUGACACAAAAACUGAGUUAAAUGUAGCUCAGAAGGUGGCUCCCAUAUUGCUGCAAAGUCAAAUGAGUAUUCCUAGCGCCCCACUGGCAGAAGAUUCAGAUGAUGCUAAAUCAGACGAAACGGGUGUGCUAGAUGUUCAGUCUAUAGAACAAGACGCAAGCAAAGAUUUUCCAGUCUUUGAAGAAUAUGUUAUUGAUCCAUCUGAGGCAGAAGAUGACAAGAUAGAAUUUAAAGGUCAAGGUGACGAAGUAAAAGACACUUUUACCAAUAGGGUUGAUAGAUUUAAAAAACUUGAAGGAAAUGAUGAUGUUACAGAGAAAAAUGAUUUUGAUAAUUUGUCAAUUUCUAAUAUGACGAUGCCUUCGUAUUUUGACACAGGUAACUAUGCCGUUGAGACUCAUGUCAAAAAUUCACUUAAAUCACCGACUAUUGCAAGGAUACCGCCAGGUUUUGAGGAUCAUUAUGAAUUACUGCCAAAGGGUCAUAAUCAACGUGGAAUUUUAAAAGUACCUGAAACUUCGACACAAACAAGAACAACUACAACAGCUAGUGUUGCGCACACAAAGACUGAGAAUUUGACAUCUACUGUUUUUUCCAAUAUUACACCUUUAACAACCGAACCUACAAACAUACAAAAACCACAGUUGGAAACAAGACUGCCUGAUUUUACUGGUGUUUUUGGGAUAAAUAUAAAACUUGCUGAUACUAGUGUAACUGGUGCUGAGAAAAGUAUAGAACCUACAAAUGAACAUACCUCUGUUAAUCCUCAAGCUAAUAUUGAAGAUAAGGUGCAGGAAAAUAAACCAGUACCAUUACCAGAUCCUAUGAAUUUCUUCGCAUCCGCAGCACAAGAACCUGAAACGACAGAAGGCGUGAAUAGAUUGGCGAGCUAUUUUGCGGCACCAGCUAAAACUAACAUUACGAAGCCUUUUUUUGAAUUAAGCCAAGGACAAGACCAUUAUAGACAAAAUGAGGAAAUCAAAGGCAGCAAACCUUUUUUUGAAUUAAGUCAAAGUCAAGAUCAUUAUAAAGAAAAUAUUUCAAACAUUCCACAUGAUAGAUACAUAGCUAACUUAAAUCUUAUGAGUGAUUUGACAUCCCCUCAAAACAUAAAGCCUAAUAAAGAGCAAAUAGUUAGAACAGUCAACUAUUUCACUGUAGAAUACGACAACGACAUUCUUAAUUUUAACAAAGGUGAACCUAGUCUCAAUACUAUAAAACAAAACAUAAAUAAUCAAACUGCAAACCAACCAGAUGUCGUGAAAGAUGAGAUCGAACUAGAAAAAGAGGAAACCAUUGUAAAUGACGAAAUAUUAACAGAAACAAUAAUGAAAUGUAAAUAUUGUAAAGAUUUAAAAGCGGGUCCCGUAUUGACGAUUAACGAUUUAGACAUAGACCAGGUUAGGUUUAGACAAACUAUGGACGGUGCUAGUAGUCCUAAGAAGGAGGAAGUGGAUAUGGAGCCAAGAAAGGAUAAAGAGCGCUCAGUGAACGUGAGGAUGGAAGACGUGGCGUCUGACGGGGAUAAUAGCGAAGGACUUGCAAUGAUGACCGAGAAUCGCUCCUCGAACGAGUACGAGCCCGUGAAACACCAUUGGUUCUACCGAGUGGACUGUGAAGAUAAGUCGACGUGGCGUGGAUUCUCUGUCACGGAUUCAAGGGCUAUAGAAAACGCGUUUCAGAGCCCGAAUCUAAAUGAGAGUACGCUGGUGCCGACCGACGGCGGGAGGUACGAUGUGAACGUGAUUGGACGACUGAGAAUAGCUGUGUAUUGGACGGACAAACCCACCAAUGUCAGGAGAUGUAGCUGGUUUUAUAAGGGCACCACGGACGCGCGAUAUGUGCCCUACACGGAGGCUGUAGCAGAGAAAUUAGAGGUGGAGUACCGUCACGGCAUAACGACUGGCGAAUGGCACCGUCGUCUCGUACUGCCGAACAACGAGCUGGUAGUGAUGCACGGCCCUGCAGUCAUGGUGCAUUUCCUGCAAGGCGGCGCCACUGAUGCGUUCAGUGCACCCAAUUUCACCUUCAGUAAGCGUAUCUACCGAAACCUUCCCAAGUUCAAACUGCCCCUCGACCAGCCGACCAGGAUCGACCAUCUCCUGUUGCUGGUUCACGGUGCUGGUGAAUGCCAGAAGGACAAAAUUCAAUCAACCAUGCGUCCGCGCGUCGUCCGCCGCGGCAUCGACGAGUCAGAGAUCGAGGACUCGGAACCGUCGAGCAUAGACCACCUGCUGUUACUCUGCCACGGUGUCGGCUCCGCCUGCGACAUGCGGUUCAGAGCUGUCGAGGAAGUUGUGGACGAUUUCCGAGCGACGAGUCUGCAACUGUUGCAGUCGCAUUACAGAAACUCUUACGACAACGGAAUCGUCGGCAGAAUUGAGAUACCACGGAACCCCGUAAAGCCUCGCAACGAGAAGACAUACAUCAGCGGAACGGCAGCCAACAAUCCCACAAUGCAGUACCCCACUCUAUGCUUCGAGCCUUUGGCGCUGUACGCCCUGGGGAGCCCUAUCGCCAUAUUCGAGUGCAUCCGUGGUGUGGACAUGCUAGGCAGCGAUUUCUACCUGCCCACGUGCCGCAACUUCUUCAAUAUCUUUCACCCCUACGACCCCAUAGCGUACAGGCUCGAGCCUUUGGUGAACCCCGCGCUCCAAGAUGUAAAGCCUUCGCUAAUACCGCACCACAAGGGAAGAAAACGAAUGCAUUUAGAGUUGAAAGAUACCAUGGCCCGAGUGGGGGCAGACUUGAAGCAGAAACUGGUGGAGUCGAUCAAGAGCACGUGGUCCUCCAUGUGGCCCUCAGCCGCCCCACCGGACCACCAGCUCGAGAAGGUCGUGGAAGAGGAGAUAGAAAAAGAGCAGCUAGAGGAAGAGAGUACGAAGGAUGAACCCGUCCAGCCUGAUGUGACCCCGGGCGAGAUGCUGGGAAGGCUCAACAACGGACGCCGAGUGGAUUAUGUCCUACAAGAAGCACCUUUUGAGAUGAUCAACGAGUACAUCUUCGCGAUGUCCAGCCACGUCUGCUAUUGGGAAUCAGAAGAUGUGAUGCUUCUCAUAUUACGUGAGAUCUACGACUCCAUGGGGGUGCAGCCUGAUGUGACCGUCCCGCAGCAGAGCAUGACUGUUCAGAGGACCACUAUAGUUGCCGGUGGUGAAAGGAUCGUGACAACAGAUGCAUCUACCAGUCGGCUGCCGUAGCUAGAAAAUAUUCUGUAGAUUUCAUAAUACUUAUUUAUAAUAAUUAUAAUUAUAGCAAUACUACAAAUAGCAAAAUUUCCAACCUUAUACUUUUUUAUCUUUAGAAAAAACUCUGUAAAAAGUUAAGAGGAGAGGUUAUAUCGGGCACUUUAAGCGUAUAAUAUAAUAACUUAAUAUUUAAUGAAAUUAUUUCAAAUACAGUCAAAGAAUAUAUUUCCUACUCAUUUUGUCCGUCACAGUGACAAUAGUAUGUCUCCAGCGAUUUACAUAUUGGUCACAGUGACAAGGUACGAUAUGGCUCAGAAAUUAAUUUCUUUAACUGUACCGUGAUUAUAGCUUAUUAUUUAUUUGAAUUAUUUGCCGCAAAAAAAUGCCUGAUUUAGAAUCGAAUGCUUACUUCUGUGGAUUCUAUUAUACUAAAAAAAGAACAUCGUUAUUUUACUUUAUAGAUACUGAAUUGUGAUUCUAUUCUUCGACCUAGCGUUUUCCCGGCCUAGCGCCAGGGUCCGCUAAAUUCUAUUAACUACAAAAUUGUGAU